AUGCAGUACUCUCAUGAUGACAUUGAGGAGGAAGCCCGGCAAAACCACAUCUACUUGGACGAAGCAAAGUACCAGGCCACCAAGGCCCUGCCGAUGACAAUCGCCGGCAUCCUGCGCUCGUGGACCAGCGUGCUUGAGCUGCGCGCUAUUGGCCACAUUGGGUCAAAGGAGCUGGCGGGCCGAUCGCUGGCGCUGCUGGUGGUCAACCUGACCGGCUACCCGUUUAUGUACGGCCUUGGCGGUGCCCUGGAGAGCCUGUGCAGCCAGGCAUUCACUGGCGCGCGCGACGUGCACAGAAAAACUGGUGUAUAUGUCCAGCACUCGCUGUGGGUAUUCCUAGCAUCAUAUGGCUUUCUGCUGUUGCUGUGGCUCAAUCCAGAUGUAGUAUUCCGGCUGCUGGCAAAGACCGACCCAGAGGUUGUUGCCAACGCCAAGAUCUACUUGUGGUUUGAGUGUUUGUAUUUUCCGUGCAUAGUGGUGCAGACAUGCUUGAAGCGGUUUCUCUUGGCACAAGGGCUGAUGCGGCCAACUGUGUACUUUGAAGCCGCUGGAUUGGCUGCCAUGUAUGUUUCUCUUCAUGUAUUUGUGUGGAACCCGAGUACAUCGCUGGGGUAUCCAGGCGUGCCGCUGGCCUCGACAAUGGCGGCGAACUGGGUCGACAAUGUGCGCCUCAUUACACAGCUAGGAGUGCCUUGUGCUGUCUCGGGGGUUGCUUCGUACGGGUUUGCUGAUCUGGCGACGAUUGCAGUGACGAUGCUGGGGACAGAGGCGCUGGCGAUUCAGGCAGUGCUGAACUCGGCAAAGAGCGCACUGACACGAACUGGAUCGUACGUGGGCAUGGUGAUCUCGAACAGAGUAGGCAACCUGCUUGGCGCGCAAAAUCCCUUUGGCGCCGAUUUGUCAUCGCACGUCUGCCUGAGCAUGGUGUUGGCCAUGACUAUGCCAUUUGUACUCGCAAUGCUGCUGUUCCGCCGUGCCAUUGCCGAGUUCUUCACUACAGACGAGGCUGUCAUCAGCGGCUUGAUUCCGACCAUUCCACUGCUAGCGGUCGUUGUGCUGUUCGAUAUGCUGUCCAAUGUACUCACCGGUGUUCUACGCGGGCAAGGGCGCCAGGGUGCUGCGGCCGUGAUCCGCGUGAUUGCCCUCUACCUGGUCGCUGUGCCGCUAGCCUAUACUCUGUGCUUCCCGCUGCAUAUCGGACUGUACGGCUUGUGGGUCAGCUUGGCUGUGGGAUUCGUCACGGCUGCGCUGGCGGAGUGGUUCUUGGUAUGGCAGUCAGAUUGGCAUGCCGAAGUCCUCAGAUGCAUGGACCGUAUCAAUGGCCUGAACAAGGUCGUUGAUUUGGUCGGCUCGCCGCUCCAGGAAGAUUCGCCGCUGAUUUCGUCAUCUGUGACAGUGUACUGA